UGUCCUUAUUUAUGCCUUUCAUUACAGAAGAUGAGGAAUUAUCAUAGAUCCCCUAAGAUAAGUUAAACGCUUUCCACAGAUAGAGAAGAAUGGUUCGACCCACCUUUUGUCUUCAUCACUUUCUUGUUUCAUAUCUUCUUAUUUUCACUUUUUCGCUCAAUCAUGUUCGUGCCACCAAAAAGUGCUACAUUGUAUACUUGGGAACACAUUCACAUGGUCCAACCCCUUCCUCUGUUGACCUUGAAAUUGCUACAUCUUCUCAUUAUGAUUUACUUGCUUCAAUCUUAGGAAGCAAGGAGAAUGCCAAAGAUGCAAUUAUUUAUUCAUAUAAUAAACACAUAAAUGGAUUUGCAGCUAUACUUGAAGAUGAAGAAGCUGCACAAAUUGCAAAAAAUGGAAAGGUGGUAUCUGUGUUUUUGAGCAAAGAGCACAAAUUGCACACUACUCGUUCAUGGGAAUUUCUUGGAUUGCGUGGAAAUGAUAUCAAUUCAGCUUGGCAAAAGGGAAGGUUUGGUGAAAAUACAAUCAUAGCUAACAUUGAUACAGGUGUUUGGCCCGAAUCGAAGAGUUUUAGCGACAGAGGAAUAGGGCCGGUUCCUGCAAAAUGGCGUGGUGGUAACAUCUGUCAAAUUAACAAACUUCGAGGUUCUAACAAAGUUCCAUGUAACAGGAAACUAAUUGGAGCAAGGUUUUUCAACAAAGCAUAUGAAUCAUCAAACGGAAAACUCCCUCGUUCACAACAAACAGCACGUGAUUUUGUAGGCCACGGUACUCACACUCUAUCAACAGCUGGUGGAAACUUUGUUCGAGGUGCAAGCAUUUUUGGCAUUGGAAAUGGUACUAUAAAAGGUGGUUCACCAAGAUCAAGAGUUGCAACAUACAAAGUAUGUUGGUCUCUAACAGAUGCUGCUAGUUGUUACGGUGCUGAUGUGUUAGCUGCUAUUGAUCAAGCCAUUAGUGAUGGUGUUGAUCUCAUUUCUGUUUCUGCUGGAGGCGCAUCUAGUACAAAUUCUGAAGAAAUUUUCACUGAUGAGAUUUCAAUUGGUGCAUUUCAUGCACUUUCUAGAAAUAUUUUAUUAGUUGCUUCUGCUGGAAAUAAUGGACCAACACCUGGUAGUGUUGUUAAUGUUGCUCCUUGGGUAUUCACUGUUGCUGCUAGUACAUUAGACAGAGACUUUAGCAGUACUAUAACCAUUGGCAAUGAAAAAAUCACGGGAGCCAGUCUUUUUGUAAACUUGCCACCUAACCAAUCUUUUACUCUAGUGGAAUCUACUGAUGCUAAAUUUGCCAAUGCCACAACUCGUGAUGCUCGGUUUUGUAGACCAAAAACACUUGAUCCUGCGAAAGUGAAUGGCAAAAUAGUGUCAUGUGUUCGAGAAGGGAAAAUAAAAUCAGUGACUGAGGGUCAAGAAGCUUUAUCUGCAGGAGCAAAAGGAAUGCUUUUGGAAAAUCAACCAAAAGUUAAUGGGAGAACACUUCUGUCUGAGCCUCAUGUUUUGUCCACAGUAGGCUUUCCGCAAAACCAUUCAAGAACAAAAUCUGCUCGUUUAGACAUAACUGCCACGGAUUCAAUAAAGUCGGGUACUAUAAUAAGGUUGUCACAAGCAAAAACUUUCUAUGGAAUAAAGCCAGCUCCAGUUAUGGCUUCAUUCUCAUCUAGAGGACCAAAUAACAUUCAACCAUCAAUACUCAAGCCUGAUGUAACUGCGCCAGGUGUAAACAUACUUGCUGCCUAUUCAUUGUUUGCAAGUGCAUCUAAUUUACUAACAGAUACUCGUCGAGGUUUUCCAUUCAAUGUAAUGCAGGGAACUUCUAUGUCUUGCCCUCAUGUCGCUGGCAUUGCAGGACUUAUCAAAACACUUCAUCCUAAUUGGAGUCCAGCUGCUAUUAAAUCAGCUAUCAUGACCACGGCAAGCACAAGAGAUAACACAAACAAGCCAAUACGUGAUGCAUUUGAUAAAAAACUAGCAAAUCCAUUUGCUUAUGGUUCAGGACAUGUUCAACCCAACAAUGCAAUAGACCCCGGACUUGUCUAUGAUCUAACCAUUGUUGAUUACUUGAACUUCUUAUGUGCUUCUGGAUACAACCAACAACUCAUUUCAUCACUUAAUUUCAACAUGACAUUUAAAUGUUCAGGAUCUCAUAGCAUAGAAGACUUAAACUACCCUUCAAUCACAUUACCGAAUCUUGAUUUAAAUGUCGUUAAUGUGACACGUACAGUCACCAAUGUUGGGCCACCAAGUAUAUAUUUUGCAAAAGCCCAAUUGCCUGGAUAUAAAAUUGUUGUUGUACCAAACUCUUUGAGUUUCAAAAAAAUUGGUGAAAAGAAGACAUUCCAAGUUAUUGUGCAAGCAACAAAUGUGACACCAAGGAGGAAAUACCAAUUUGGGGAUUUGCAAUGGACAAAUGGAAUACACAUUGUAAGGAGUCCUAUCACAGUUAAGCGCAAAUAAACAAUAUCUUCAAAACUCAUUCUGUCAAGAUAUUACAAUGUGGAAUGCACAUGCCAAUGUAUUUGAGUAUUAGGAGUUUGUGUUAUCAAUAGGCUGUGAGGCUUUUGUUAUUUUAUCCUUCUUUGGUUGUUUAUGUAUCUUAAUAUAGUGUAUUUUGUAAUCAUUAUUAUCAAUAAAUGGCAGUGCAAGUACGGAUUCUGAAAGCUUA